UAAUAGGAUAAAACUGCGCUGCUUGUUUGCACAAACCAUUCAAUAAAACAGAGAGGGUAGUUAAGCAGAAGCGCUUUGUUGAAAUGGUGGUUUACUCUGAUCUCGACCAAGCCUUGGCGCUGGCCUCUCUUCCCGGCGACGUUGACGGUUACAUUUCCAUUUGCGGUUACGGUUCCCUCCUCUCCGAAAAAAGUGCCAGAUCAACUUUUCCAAAUCUAACUAACUUCCGAACGGCCAGAUUAACCGGUUUCCGCCGUCUCUUCUCCUUUGUUGGAGCUUUCUUUUUCACUCAUGGCAUCGCCAACCUCAAAACUCGGGAAAUGGCUGCCCUCUCUGCAGAGCCUUGUGAAGAUGAAACAAUUAUAAUUACUGUUUUUGAUAUUAACAAAACAGAGAUUCCAGCAUUUAUUCAAAGAGAGCGUGAAUAUAGCUUAAUACCUGUUUUUCCUGAAUCACUUGAUGGGAAGCCCUAUACCAACCCAGCAGUCCUUUGUGCUUCUUCUACUGAUGAAGAAUUCUUUAAAUAUAAAUACCCUGAAGGAAGGGAGAUAUACUUCCAAAAAUUUGGACAGUAUACUAUCCAUAAGAUUUGGCAGGAUGAUGCAUUACCAUGCCGUGUUUAUCUUCGACACUGUGUUCUAGCCGCAAAAAGCCUCGGCCAUGAGGCUUACAAUAACUUUUUGGACCAUACGUUCAUUGCUGAUCGAAAAACAACAAUACGCCAGUACUUUGAGAAAAUGGGCACUAGCAUCAUGGAAGAACAGCCUCCCGAAUCAUUAAAAUCUCGUUACGGCGGUUGAUCAGAUCCAAUAGCCGACACAUUUGUCGCCAAGGCUUUGGCUUAUUGGCUUGCCCAUUUAUGAAUUUGAUUAUCUUUCGAUAUGUGAAAAUAGAUGAUUGCGUUCUUUUCAAAGAUCAGAUUAGAAACAUGUCCAAUAUUGAUGUGUAUGGAUCAUAUGCGGUCAUUACAUGGCGAAGCGGCCUAGCAAGUAAAGAAAACUAUGUUUAGAUUAAAAAAUUGUGAACUUUUGUAGUAAUACAGUAUUGAUGUUUUAGGGCAGCUUGCUCAUAAUGCUUGGCAACACAAAGAAAAUAGAACCAAGAGAAAGUGAAGAAAAGCUUUAGGGAAAGAAAGUAACAUGUUUAAAAUUGAAUGCUCAAAGUAUCCACAACCACACGCCUAAUUCAUCUCAAAACCACAUACGCAAUAGCAGCUAGACGAUUGAGACUUUUGCCUAAGGUCCAGCCUCAUUUUGUCUUGACUACAUGUAUUUAGAUAUCAUUGGCCAAACAAAUUGCCCUUUUAUCCAGAUAUCACGCUGUAGAUGGUUAAUGAAAAGUAUUUUGAGGAUUAAAGUUAAGAUUUUAUGAGGCAUCAUAUUUUUCAUAAAUUGUCUAUAUGGUUCUGCUACAUGAAAGAGUAAAAAU